UCUAUCGUUACUUGGCUAGUUUAGUCUGAAAACAUGGCGAGCCUUGCGUAGGGGUCGAGUGUGGUUACUUGAUACAUUUUUCAACCGUUUUUAUUUUCUUCCUUGUUAUCCAUACUGUGAGCCAUGUUCACAAACACAGGCCUGAGAGCAGUCCUUAAGUUACCAGCUGCUGUUUUGCGGGAAAGCUCGGCAGCUCUGUGCUCUGCAGCAUCUGUCAAGCUGUGGACGAACAGGCCGAGUUUGCUGUCCGGACCAAAAGCGAGAAGUGUUACUGGAAGCUUUGCUGUUCCACAACCAGUGAGACAGUAUGCCCGGGCUCCAAAGAUAAAGAAGACAGGACCUGAGAGCCAGCUCAGUGAUCUUCCUCCAACAAUGCUGAAGAUGGAUUAUGCAGCUGUUCCUCUUGCUCAAACAACUGAUGAUAUUGUCAGACGGCUUCUUUCUUUGGAGCUGGCCAGUCAUACUGAAAAGCUACAGCUGAAAAAGGAACAGCUGAUUGCAAAGGUCCAGAGGGAUGAGAAUGACCGCAGCUCAGAGGAAGUCAAGGUGGCUAUAUUGACUGCUAGAAUCCGAAAUUAUCAGGAACAUUUACAGAAACAUCACAAGGAUAAAGCUAACAAGAGGCGGAUGCUCAUGGCCAUUGACCAAAGGAAAAAGCUUUUGAAACACCUUCGGUUAAUUCGCUAUGAUGCCUUUGAGAAAGUGUGUGAGCAGCUGGGCAUCGCCUACACCUUUCCCCCAGAGUACUACAGGAGGGCCACUCGCCGCUGGCUGGCCAAGAAAGAAUUCUGCAUUAAGGUCUUCAAAGCAGUGCAGAAACAAAAAGCGGAGCAGAGGCUGAAGAUGAAGAAUUUAGGCUCCACAGAAUCAAAGGCAGCCGAGACAAAUGCAGCUGAGAUCCAAUGAGACAAAAUACUGUUUAUUGCAAAUAAACAAUAUCUUUACAUCUUCAGAUGUAGUAAUUAUUAUGUAGAUAGAUAAAUGUUUUUUUUAUUUGCCAUGCUGCCAUCACGCAAUAGUGCUUUCUCUUUGUGUUCAUUUUGACACCAGAACUGCCUGUAAAUGUCAAAGUUUAAUGGGAAUAAAAUAUCUUAAUAAAUGUUACACUGAAAGAAGUGUGAUUGAGCUAAAACAUGACUACCAGUUAUAUGAAUUUAAGAUUUCAUUUUAGAAAAACCAGGAAGCCAGACAGUGUCAUCAAGUGCAGGACUAAUAUGACCAGAAAAUGAGAGCAAGCGAUAAGCGUGCUAAUUAGAGUUAAACCUAACACAAAAUAGCCACACUGCAAAUUAUUCAUCAUAUCUGAAAAAGAUAAGUCUAUUUUAAACCACAUGGUAGAGAACUGGUGCUGAACUGCUAUCAGUAGGGUGACACUGUCCUCUAUGACGGCUUCAUAUCACAACUGGUGUUUUUCCAUUGGUGGUCAGUGGCAUUUAUGCAAGUUAUGGCAUAUUAGACAAGCACUUGGAAGACACUCGCUGGAACAGUACUGUUUGGGCAGUGUGCAGGCUUUGUGGAAGUCAUGGGAUUUUCUUAUUCCAGGUUUCUGUGCUGUAAUUAAAAGCUUGUUAGCAAUGCAAUGUAAUUCAUCUUUUUGAGUGCGGUUAAUGUAUAGAUUUAGUUCAAGUUAGAGAGAAAAUGCUAAAAACAUAAAGUAUGUUAAAUUUAACAGGUAUUGGUAAAACUGGUCAAAUAAAGCUGUACAGGUGGGGUUCACUAAAGGAUCUGAUUUAAAUGUGAUGCUGCGCAACAUCGCAACAAAAUGAAGCUCAUUUUAAUUCUCAGAUGUGGUAUAACAAGGGCAUCAAAUAUUAAAAGCAAUUUAUCAUUGGCUUUAUCUAAUCUGAAGACACAGCUUUGCAGCUUCAUGUAGUUUUGUGUUGGUUCAAAUCCUGAGUAAACCCAUCCUUUCUUUUACCUACUACAUCAGUGACAGUGACAGUAGAUUAAAACCUCAAGACAAGACACGUUGCAUUUGUGGGUGUCAUAUGAAAGUGUGGUCUUAACAAUUCUAACUGCAUGAGUUCCCUGAAGUGUGCUGAUCUGUU